UUGACCAGCCAUUUCAGGGUUUCAGAAUUGGAGCUGAUUGUUUAUGCGGACGAGAGCGGCGAUUUUCGAACGAUCGCGGUCUCCAAACUCUUGAUAUUGUCCGCAAGCUAAAGGAAAAGGCCACACGGAGUAAUAUCUAUGUAGAGCGUGCUCAGAGCCGAUGCAAAUGCCUAGUGCUUUAGUUCAAAGCGAAGGAAUGGAUACAUUCACGGGGAGAAAUUCUCCGUUGACGAAGCUUAUGACAGGGGAGUUUUGCACAACGUUAUACGACUACGAUGCAGUAGACGACGAUGAACUAACCUUCAAAGUGAGCGAUCGCAUUGAGAUUUUAUCUCGAGAUCCCGAAGUAAGCGGAGACGACGGAUGGUGGGUCGGUCGUGUUGAGGGGCAAUCACGAAUCGGCUUGUUUCCUUCCAACUACAUUACGACUGAUACGAAAAGGACCAGUUUGACCGAACCUCUCGAAAUCGAUUUCAACGAGCUCGACCUGGUAGAUGUGAUCGGCGUCGGUGCAUUUGGAAAAGUUUAUUGUGCUCGAUGGAGAGAGGAGGAAGUUGCUGUAAAAGUCGCUCGCACUGAGACCUACCAGGACUACAGCGAGAUUGUGGACGCCGUCACCAAAGAAGCCAAGUUAUUUUCCAUUUUUCGGCAUCGUAAUAUUGUUGGUUUAUACGGUGUUUGUUUGAAAGAACCGAACUUUUGUCUGGUUCUAGAAUAUGCCCGAGGUGGUGCUCUCUCUCGCGUUUUAAACACUCACGGUAGAACUAUUCCUCCGAAUGUUUUGCUAGACUGGGCCUUGCAGAUAGCUCGUGGUAUGUAUUACCUUCAUAAUGAAGCUCCGCUGAGUAUCAUUCACAGGGAUCUCAAGUCUGGAAACAUUUUACUCUUAAAUAAAAUUGAGGAUGGAAAUUUUGAGAAUGUACUGAAAAUAACUGACUUUGGGUUGGCUCGAGAGAUAAUGAACACAACACGAAUGAGUGCUGCAGGAACUUAUGCAUGGAUGGCUCCAGAGGUGAUUAGAACCAACACUUUCUCGAAAGCAAGUGAUGUUUGGAGUUUUGGUGUAGUUUUGUGGGAGCUUCUGACAGGACAAGUUCCCUACAGAGACGUGGAAGCACUUGCUGUUGCUUAUGGUGUUGCAAUGAACAGUUUAACUUUACCAAUACCCAGCACUUGUCCUGAUGUUUUGAAAGAAUUAAUGAAAGAAUGCUGGAAUCAAGAUCCCCAUAAACGACCUUCAUUUCAGGGAAUUCUAGAAGAUCUGGAAGAAAUUUCAGAUUCUUCCUUUGUGCAAGAUGAUCCUGACUCAUUCCGCACACUACAGGAUGGCUGGCAGACAGAGAUUGAUCAGAUAUUUGAUGAAUUAAGGAAGAAAGAAAAGGAACUUUCCUCCAGAGAGGAUGAACUGCGGCAAAUACAGAUGGCACAAGAGGUACAUGCUGAGAGUUUGAAAAAGAGAGAAGAAGAACUUGCGCAAAGAGAGAUGAUGCUUCUUGGAAAAGAGAUUAACAUGCUAAUACAGCAACAGAAGCAACUCAAACCAUCUCCAAAGAAGAGGAAAGGUCACUUCUUUAAACUGAGGUUUGGAAGUGGAAGAAAAAUUAGUGCACCAACAGGGUUCCAGCAUAGGUUUACCAUCACGUCUGAUAUCUUUGACUCAAACCCAGCAUUAACAGAAGGCAUCAACACCACAGGGCCACCAUCCCCUGCAGUACAUCAGAGAUUCAGACUGCUGUCCUUUGAUGAUCCUGGCGAGGUCCCCGUCAGUCCCCCGGACAAAAACAAAAAGAUCCGCACGUGGGGACCCAGCUCAGUACAUCAGCGAGACCGAGACAAGAGCAGGCGUGUAAAAGCCAGGGAUAGCUUUAUGACAGAAAGGUGUAACUCAGUUCCUAACUUAGGAUCAGUGAUAAACCAAAAUAUUGGUGUCAACGGUAAGUACGUAACAGCAGAUAACAGCCCUAUGUCCACUCUCAAAUCUUCACAGAAAACCAAAUCUAAGCAUCGUUGCGAGGUAGCUGUUUGCUGUGUUGGUAUAAUGGCGUCCGCAGUAGCUUUAGGAACUGAUUUAAGACAGGGUGCGAAAGAUCUUCGUCCCGAAUUGCUAAGAUUAAAUUCGAAAUCGGACAAGCACAAGUCACCGAAUUCCCGGCGACGGCACGAAGUCGGAAAUUCCAAUCGUCGAUCGUGGUUUGGUUCAACCUCGACCGAAGACACCUCGGUUAAUUCAAACUCGAGCACGCCCGUUUCUAGUCCACAGAAUGUGGAGUUCACUGCACCAGUCGACAUGAUGCGAGGUCAAAACAAAAGGCCUCUGUCCACUCCUGUUCUACUAAAGGCGACUUUUUUUAGCGAUAGUCAACCUCCCUUAACUUACACAGAGCCGAACUCUCUCCGAGGUCGGUCUUCUUCAACUUCGUUCUCAGUCACGGUGUGUCCCGAACAGGGCGACAAAGAACUUAUCGACUUAGCGACGGAAAGACGAGACCGAAGGUCCAAGUCGAUGGAUUCGAGUGAACUCAACAGAAUUAACAUUUCGAAUGAUAGUAUUUCCAGUUUUGCGGAUGACUCUUCGACCAAUACAGUGGUGAACUGCAAACGAUAUUCACAGGAGCUGCAAGACAUUUUUAAAAUUCCUCCCCCUCCCUUCUCUCCCAGGGGAGCAAGUUCACCUCGCCUGGAUUGCAACUCCACGGACUUUACCCCUAACGCGAAGUUUUGUUUCCCAACUGGGGAGGCUGUGGGCGCCGCUAGGCCUCGCCCCAGGCCGUGGCAGGACAGUCUAAGUCCAUCACCUUCGUCUUCGGAUCAAAGUCCGACGAGCGAACAAGACAAGUUGACGCUAUUGGACAUGCAUAUGGAGGGGGAGUCACAUGACACGACCCAGCCCCUACUGAAGUCGGAAACGGUGAUCAGGGUGCCAACUUCUGAAGAACUCUUUAAGGAGUUUGGCCAGAGAUAAUGUGUAAAACGUAGUUUUAUUGUAGGUAACAGAAACUCCCUCUAAUGUUGCAUUACGUCCUACUUAAUCGUGAUGUGUUCGGCAUGUCCACGUAAAUCAGAUUUUCGCGUUUUACUCCGUAGAACUUUAUCGUCUUCCCCCCCCACCACCCCACCCUAAAAAAAUUUCACGCUAUGAAAUUUCCACCGAAAAUAGGACUUGAUUGUUGCAUGCUUCAGGUACAAAACUAUGAAUAUCUAUUGAGUAAAAUGUUACUUUUUUUUGAGCUUCGAAAAUGAAGAAGACGAGAAAAGUAAAAUAUUCGAGAGCAAAAUAGAAAAACAAUUUAUUUUGUUCUGAUUGGAAAUUUGGCUGUUCAAACAUAUUUUUUUUUAAACCGUCCCUGUACUGUGUAAAAAUAUGCGAACAGUGAACAAAUUUCGAGAGAUUGCUUGGAGUUAGAAAUUCUUUUUCGUUUUCGAGGUUUUCCAUGAUAUUUACCUCGGCGGGACGACAAAGCUCGCCUACUUUUUCAGGAUAGAGCUGUACUUGUGAAUAUUUUUCCGUAUUGGCGAUACCUGUGAUUUUUGUUUUAGAUUUUUCCAUCUCUUUUUAGGGAAUUGUGUUAAUAUGGUCAAAUAAAUAGAUCGCUGGCGAAUAUGAGUAAAACGCUCUACGUUCAUUAGACCUUUUUUUUUUCUUUCUGAUCAAAGGGGCGUUCGUUGUUAAAACGAUAAGGUCACCGUUUUCGAGGAAAAAUUUAUUUCACGUCAAUAGAAAAGAAAAGAUUGGCACUAUUAUUUUUAUUGUUUAUAGAAACUUGAUACAACGCGAGGGGUACGAAAUGAAGAGAUGUUUCUUAGUUCUACUAGGUUAAGUCCGAGGGUAUGUCUUGGCUUUUUCAUCAAGUCCAUCAGGCUGGAGUCCUUAUCAGACACUCCUGUAAAGUGAUAUUCUCGCUAUUUUUUAGCGACAACAAAAUAUUUCUAAUUUGGCGUUAAACUUACGCCUAAGAGCAUCAGCAUAUGGGGAUACAAAAACUUCAUUCUCCACUAACUUACCCUUGGAAUCAACUUUAGGAAGCUAUCUAACCAAUUUUCAUAGAAUGGACACAAAAAAUUGCCUUUUGAAUCAGAGAAAACCGUCUAAUAGGAACAUUUUUGGACGGAAAAAUAAAAUAAAAGCAAGAAUAUUUGAUUUUUGUAUAAAUCUACUGGCGCUCUGUUACAAAUGCUGAAAGAUGAUUGGCUAUGCUUCUCACUAUCUAUUCCGUGAUGUACAGUGCGUAAAAUGACAGGUCAAACAGUAUGCAGUGAUGAACAUGAAAGUGGAUGAAAAACAUGAACCUGUCUUGUUGUCAAGUUUGAACGUCCAGUAGAUUUGUACUAAAACAAUUCGAUUAUUCGCCCUCGAUUUAUGUACGUGAUAAUUGUUAGGAGGCGUCAUUUCAUCCUUGAAAUUUAUUAUUACUAACUAUGGCACAACGUUCAUUUUUAAUAGUAUCAUUGCUACUGGGUCCUUUUGAUACUUGCUUAGAGAUCUCUAUUCUAUAAGAUUUGUAACGCUUUACGGAUUUGAACUCUAGUGGCGAGCCUUUUUUUACAGAUCUUGUUUUAUAUGCGUUAGAAAAUGUCGUCGUUGAAUUCCCUUUCCGCACAAAUUGUUUUGUAACUCGCAAAUAAUCAAAUUCGCACUUCUCUAGAUGUGAGAUUGUCAUGAAUCAAUCGAAUUUUAUUGUACAAAAGUCGCCAAGUCUCUGAAGUAAAAUGUAUUCCAAAUCAUGUUCAAGCCCCUUUGAUUGGAAGAGCCCUCUGUGGUAAAGUUGUCCAUUCCGUCUCGAUAAACAGAACGACUAAUCAUUUAUUAAAGAAAUAGAGAAGA